UUCCUAAGCAUUUUGUUUCUAUUUUUUUUUUCUGUUUUGAAUUGGAGAUAUUUGCAGCUUAAAUAAGUCUAUUUGUUUAUGUAUAAACUGAAAAUACACUUUUUCUUGGAAAAUUUAAAAUCUAUAUGCACGCUAUCUUUGUGGAUAACUCUUUUGAACUACUCAGCAAUCUUAAUUUAUUUUUUCAAAAAUAAAAAACCUGAUUUGAGUCUGAUCAAUUCUUUCAUUCCUACUUUUGUUUCCCCUUCUUUGCAAUUCACCUGUUCGAAUAGACGUCAUCAGCAGUUUGACGUGGUAAAACACUAGAGUAAAUCACAUAUUAACAAUAAGAGUUAUGUAACUUUUUCUCUUCAUUUACUGUUUUAUGAGAAAAAAUGAGCAAUAAAAAUUUUUUAUUUUAAAGUAAAUUAUUUUUUUAUUCUUAUUUUUAUGUGCUUUUUCAAUUGUCAUUUUUAAGGAGUUCUAUUUUCUACAGGGUUGGUAAAGAAACCUAAAAUAUGAUUUUUCUUGGUUUAACCCACUGGCGGCUUUGCAAAUGGGCAAAAUUGGGAGAAUGUUUCUCCCAUAUACAUUAUUUCCCUAUCUAAUAACAUGGGAAAACCGGUUUCGCUAUGCGGAGAAGACUGCAGGUCAAAUUACGACUUUUUACGUGCAGAACCGUCAGUGGGUUAAACCAGUUUCUUUUAUUUAAACCAGUUUUUUUGGCUUAUUUGAGACAUAAGGUUAAAUAAUGUAUGGUAUAAAUAAAAGGUAUCUAAGUUAUUAUAAGGUAUAAUCAUGAAAUUUUUUUAACUAUUAAUUAAUGUUAUCAAUAAACAACUAAAACAUAUCCAUCUUCUUUCUAUAAACAUUCCAUAAUAAAAAAGAAUAACUGAAGAUUUUGAAUAAUCUUAUAUAUAUUGUUGGAAAUAGUGUGACCAAUCAGUUGGAUCUUCCCAUUUAUAACUCUUUUUCCUCACUCACCAUAAAGCAGGCCGCGCAGCACUCCUAUAUUUCCUAUUAAUCUGGAAAAAUUGCUAUAGUUCCUAUAUUUUCUGUAUUUUUUUCCUUAAUUUUCCCUUAUAAUCCUUCCUCAACGUCCGCGCUCCCGAUUUGCGCUAGUCUGAUGUCAAUCAUCAAACCACACCUAAAAAUUCUUUAACCAAUCAUCCGUUUGCAAUGUCUCAACCCAGCUGCACCAUGUACAAGUAAAAGUGAAUCGUCAGCAAGUGAAGGAAAUAUAUGUGAGGGUUGUGGAAUGAGAUAUAGAAUAGAAAGGGUGUGAAAAGAAGGAACCCAGAACGAAGCAAUAUAUUUUAGUGUUGUCAUGCGGAUUCAAUAAAGUGAUUUUCGUUUUCAAAAAAAAUGCCUGCUGGAAAAACUAAAUUUCAGCUCUCAUGACUUGAAGUUCUCAACAAAAAUGGGGAUUUAUUAAGUAAUUGGUGUCAAGAAGGUAAAGAUGGGGAUACUGCAUACUGUAGUCUCUGUAACAGUUGUGUUCAAUUUUCGAAUAGUGGAAUUUCCCAACUACUGCAACAUUCUAAUGAGAAAAAGCAUCAGCUGGCCGCCAAAGAAGCAAAAGGGCGGGGGAAGUUGUUUGGAAAAAAAGAUAGCUCUAGUACUACAACUGGAACCAAUUCAAAAGUUGUGAUGAUGCAGUUGAGCCAAAACCAAAAAGUUGCAAAGGCUGAAGCUUUGUGGGCAAUGAAAGUCGCAGUGUCCAAUUAUUCAUUUGCUUCAAGUCAGGAUAUUGUGCCGUUAUUUCAGGCUAUGUUUGAAGGUAACUCUAUCAUUAAUCAAAUGCAGUUUAGUGACCGGAAAGUUUCCUACAUAUUGUCUCAUGGCCUUGGGCCAUACUUUCAAAAUGAAGUAAUCAUCCAGUUAAAAAAGUCUCCUAGUUUGUUUACUUUGGCUUUCGACGAAACCACAACAAGCCAAAUUAAGAAGCAACUGGACAUAUAUAUCAGAUUUUGGAGCGAAGAGUGUGAUCAAGUUGUUAGUUCUUAUCUAAAUUCAGUCUUUUUGGGGCAUGCAGAUGCCAAUAAAAUCUGUUGUAAUUUAGUAGAGACUUUAAAUAAUCAUAAAUUGCCUCUAAGUACACUUUUAAUGCUUAGUAUGGAUGGACCGAAUGUAAAUAAAUCAGUUGCUAAAAAAUUAAAGGAGAGACUGGCCCUGGAAAACUCACCAGAACUUGUCGAUUUUGGGACAUGUUCCCUUCACAAAGUUCAUAACUCAUUUUCCAAAGCCGUAUCUUCUUUUUCACUUGAUUUAGAUCAGUUUGCAAAUGACCUUUUUGGUUUUUUUAAAUUAAGUGCAGCAAGAAGAGAAGAUUUGAAAGAACUGCAAAGCCUCCUCAAUUUUGAGCAAAAAUUUCUUUUGAGACACGUUAAUUCUCGAUGGCUUACACUUGGUCCUGUACUAAACAGGAUUAUUUUAGUGUAUCCUGCAUUGAAGGAGUAUUUUAUAAAUUUUUUGCCAAAGCAAAAAAACUUUUUAACGAUUCAAAGUAAUUCAAGGUAUCUGAGAAUUGUUAAGGAGUUAAAAGAUCCUGCAUCUUUAGCAGUUAUUGAAUUUGUUUCUGAUACCAUUCCAAUUUUGGAUUCAUAUUUAGCAAUUUUUCAAACAGAAGGACCUCUGGUGCAUCUUUUGUACAACUAAACCAAUGAAUUGUUACGAAAUAUUAUGAUCAAUUUUGUAAAAGAAAGCUUGGUUUCUAUGAAAUAAGGCGUCCCUUUAUACAACAUUAACAUUGAUGACACGGCAAACUUAAAACCAAUUCAAGACAUUAACAUAGGAGUAGCUACCAAAAGGACUGUUUUAAAGCUUAAGGAACCAGACCGUAAACAUCUCAGAUUUGAAUCAAAAAAAUUCCUUGUAAUGUUGACAAUUUCUAUACGAGAAAAUCUCCCCAUUUGUAAUAAUUUCUUAAAGCAUAUGAAAGUGUUGUAGUAUCAUGAGGAAUGACUCCUCUGAUAAUGCUGUAAUGAGACUGUGCAAAAAAAUGAAACCUCUUCAUCUUAUAAAGAAGUUGACACAAUUGUCAGAAAAUGGCAAACAUAUUGUUUGGAUGGUGAUAACAACAAACUCUGUGAUCAGUUCACUUCUCUCAUUCAUUCUGAAAAUUCUGCUGUUAAGUAUGAAAGAGUGGGCAGUUAUUGGGCCAAAGUGCUCAAACUAACUGACAAAUACACCGGUGUACUA